UGAAGGGCCGGCCGUAAACGGGCGGCCUCCAUUGCCGCGGCCUCUGAAACGAAAGCCCCGGCUGGGGCGGAAGGGCUUGCCUGGCUCCCCUCGUCUGGGCGGAAGGGCGCUUCGCCGCUCUCAUUUGUGCUCGCCAAGCGCUUCUUCGGCGGCUGCUUUUCAAGCGGGGCUCCUUCGCGGUGCCCCCCCCCCGCCGCCCCUGUUUGAUCCCGUGCAAACGUCAGCGGCAGCCCCGCAUCUGCCGGGGGAGGGCGGCGCCCGCCCUCUCUGGCCGCCUGAGCCGCGGGGGCCUUGCCUUCCUUCCAGGCCCGCCUUCCCCGCCGCCGCCGCCGCCGCCGCCGCCCGAGGAGCCCCGCGGGAAAGAGCCGGGCCCCAACGCCGCCCCCGCGCCCGUCGCCAUAGCAGCGGCCCGUCCCCGCCUCGUGCGCGCGCCACUGGCGGCCUGGCUGCGCGCGGCGGAGGCUGCGGGCCCGCCAUGACCUCGGCCUCCACCAAGGUGGGCGAGAUCUUCUCCGCGGCCGGCGCCGCCUUCACCAAGCUGGGCGAGCUGACCAUGCAGCUGCACCCGGUGGCCGACUCUUCGCCCGCGGGGGCCAAGUGGACCGAGGCCGAGAUCGCGCUGCUGCGGGCGUCGGUGCAGCGCUUCGGGGACGACCUCAACCGCAUCAGCGCCCUCAUCAAGGAGCGGACCGUGGCCCAGCUGAAGGGCGCCGCCAAGCGCAAGGCCUACGAGGACAGCGGGCUGCCGCUCCCGGCCGAGUCCCCCAAGAAGGGCGCCCGGAAGGGCCCGCCGCCCGCCCCUGCCCCGACGGCCCCCGACGCCGCGGCCGCCCCGCCGAAGAAGCAGAAGGCCGCCGACGUGACCCUGAGCGCCCUCAACGACGCCGACGCCCACAGCGACCUGGUGGACAUGGAGGGCCUGGGCGGGGCGCCCCCCGCCAAGAAGCUCAACUUCGACCAGGACAGCCUGACCCUGGAGCCCGGCUUCCUCAUGACCCCCGGCCCGGACCUGCCGCUCCUCUCCCGCUGAGCGAGGGCUGCCCCCCCCCACCCCGUGGACGGGGGCGCGGGCGGGGCCGGGGGCGCCUUCUCCGGAGUGCUUCUGCCAGGCCCUCCCGGCUCCCUCGCUCUCCUUCACCCUCCUCUGCCCAGCCGGAGUGGAGGGGCUGCCCCCCCCCAGCAGGCGGGAUGGCCCUUGGAUCUGCGCAGCACCCUGGUGCCUCCCUUGGGCGCCCCCCCCCCCGCCAGACACCAAGGGGAUGCCCCAGCGCCCCCCUCCUUGGGCAAGCCGGGUCCCCUCUUCAUGCCCCAGCCCCUGUAUCUGUAUUUCCUCCUAUUAUUGCAAUAAAAGUUGUGCUGAGCCUG